CCAAACUGGUGUACUAAAUGGAAGAAAGAAAGAGAAGGGAAAAAAGGGUUGGCUCAAACAAAUUACAAAGCUAGCAUGAAAUGGUGAGUUUUUGCCUCACCAAAUUGAUCAAACCAAAGACACUGUAUGUAAAUAGAGAUCCUCGCCCUUUUUAUAUAAGUAAUAGAUUUUGUGAACUUGUUCAACUAGAUGAUGGCAUGAUGCUAAGUAAAUGGCAAUAACUAAAUGCUAAUGCUAAUUAUUGUUUCACAUGCUAAGGUCUCGUUUGGUACACCCACUCAAAUACAUGUUUUCAGUUUCUAAAUAACAUUAAACGUAUUUUUACAUACUUUUUCACCCACACGUAUUUCCACACAUGUUUUCAGUUUUUAAGUGCAUAUACCAAACACCCUUUAAGUCACAUAUUGUUGUACCUGUACAUACUCUAACUAAAAUCGUGUUUUCAAAACAAGAUUUCACUCUCCAAACAGUACAAAAAUUUGGAGAGUCUGUUAGAGAUGCUCUUAAGUUGUUUUUGCAACCUUACUCCUCUUUAAGUCCAUACACAUGUUUACACGUGUAUUAAUAUUAUAUCAAAUUCUUUGAAAACAGUUUGUCAAGUAAAUAAUAGCACCAUCAAAAUCAAGAUAAAGCACACACACAUAAUUGUAAUUUAUACUCUUAAUAGUUUGACUAAUUUUGAUUUUAUUCUUUAAAGUUUCAAAAUAUGGAUCCACACUCAUAACACUACAUAUCACUUGGAUUUAAGCUCUUCUAUUAAUGUGUCGCGAUGAGCUGUUUAUUAGGUAUCAUAUAUCUCAAAUUGACAUAGUUUUAUGGAUUCAAGUUUUAAAAUUUUAACCCUCUCAAACAAAAUUUUUAAAAAAAACUUUAAGGGACAAAAACAAAAAAAAAAAAAAAAAAUCAAAAUUACCUCAAACUUUUAAGAGUUUGCCAUUGCAAUUUACUACUAGCAUAGGUUUGAUUGGGCUCCUUGGUUGAAAAUUUUACCAACCAAAAUCUAACCCAAUCAAAGUUUCAGAACCUCAUCAACCCACAAAAAGUCGAAUUGAAUUGAGGCAUUGGGUUAGAUUGGGUUCGUCAGGUAAGCGGGCUGAAUGCAUACGCAUAGACCAUAGUUGGUGUAAUCAAGUUUCCAACACACAUUGGGCCGAAUAUUGAGGCCAGAACCAGAAUCCAUUCUAGACUGCAACACAAGUAAAUAUCCAACAUUCCAUACCCUUGUAUUGUAUGUUUCCGAGUACGCCCAAAGAACCCAAAGCCCAUUAUUUUUGUUGAUCGAUUUCCAUCUUUCGAAGAGCAACAGAAAUGGAGAAAGCGCUGAGAGUCUAUGGUGAGGUAUUGAGGCUAGUGAGGCGGUUGCCAAAGGACACAAGGCCUUACUACGCCAAGUACGCUCGUGAAAACUUCGUCAACUACAGAGAGGUCGACGCCAAAGAUUCCAAUGCCCUUGACGAGCUCUUCCACCGCGCUUACAACCACUCCAUCUGGGUCCUCAACAAGUAUUCGGUGGAUAAAUCGGUGGCGGAUAAGCUGAAGGAGAUCUGUUUUCCUUAUGUCUACAACUUUUCUGAGAAUGGGUGUGUUUGAAACAAAUGGAGAAUACUCAGACGAUGUAACGUGUCUGUAUUCGUGUAAUAAGAGGACGUUGUAUUUGUAUGUUUGGUUGCUUUUCUAGAAUGCCCAUAACUCGUGUGUUUGAUUGCAUAAUAUAUCCAAUGCUGCAAUAAGGAUUUUGAUUGUGUAUAA